CAGGACUCACCGUAGGCGAGGCGCGGACUCGGGCCAGGGCUCCGGGCUGGGCCAGGCCUGUUUCCUGUGUGACACACAUGCCCUCCAGGAGAGAAACCUUGAGACGUCAUCUGGAAUGAAAUGACAUUGUUUCUACAGCUCCCAGCUAUCCAAGGUGUUUGGUAACAUCCUUGAAAAGACUGUCAGGAAAGUCAGUUGGUCUCUGUUCUCAAGACUCUAUACACAGGAGUCGCCUUUCAUGCCAGCCCACCCCGCGAAAGAUAUUCCAUAGCGGAAGGCUACUAAAUUAUCAGAAAGAAGCAGGAACCGGCAGUUAGAGAACAUUCAGCUGUCAUUCUUGGCAAGAAUCCAGUGUGGAUUAAAAAAAAAAAAAAAGUCCCUGCGUAACCCAGACUGGCCUUGGGCUCCUGAUCCUCCUGCUUCAGGCUCUUAAGUGCUGAGAUUGCAAGCAUGUUCACCACGAUUUUCUCAUCCUGCCUUUAAUGGAGCUCUGAUGCCAGGAGCAUGCUCCCAUAUUUAUUCCUCUCAGGCGCCCUUUUCACGGAGACCACAGUUUUACGAACCGAACUCAUUUAUCUAACCACAAGCCAAGAAUCGCAACUUGUCAGGUCUUAAGGCUACCUCGAGACUGUGUUAAGUCGGACCAAAGUCAGUGAACGACCUAUGUGAUGGUUUUGACAAACCAUUCUCAGUGCUGCAAGACCCAGUCACUGCUUUGGAGCCGGGUUCGAGGACCUAAGGAGGUCUCGCACUGCGGUUGGGAACCAAGAUCCUCACCCGUGUACCUACGUGGAUUGCCCGGGAGGGAGCUGGGAGCGAUGAGCCGUGACCAGGGACAAGAGACCAAGGACUACACCUCUUCCGGGAGACCCCGCACAAACCGGAAGUGGGCAGGUCAGCUCCCUUAACGCGCUUUCGCCAUAGGUUGGAGUCGCGGUCGCUCUCCGCUUGUCGGGCUGGGACCACGCCCACAGGCUGGUCAAGAAGGAGCCGUCGGUGGUGACCACGGAGGCUGUUGCUCCUGCGAUGGAGCCGGGCCCCUCUGUGUCCCCUGGACCUUCUCGCUCCUUCAAAGAGGAGCUGCUGUGCGCUGUAUGCUACGACCCGUUCCGCGACGCGGUGACGCUGCGCUGCGGCCACAACUUUUGCCGCCGGUGUGUGAGCGGCUGCUGGGAGGUGCAGACGACGCCCUCGUGCCCAGUGUGCAAGGAACGAGCUGCUCCCGGGGAGCUGCGCACCAACCACACGCUCAACAACCUGGUGGAGACCCUGCUGCGGGAGGAAGCCGAGGGCGCGCGCUGGACAGGUCGCCGAUCCCCGCGCCCCUGCCGCACGCACCGCGCGCCUCUUACUCUCUUCUGUCUGGAGGACAAGGAGCUGCUAUGCUGCGCCUGCCAGGCUGAUGCCCGGCACCAGGAGCAUCGCGUGCAGCCCAUCAAGGACACUGCACAGGACUUUCGGGCCAAGUGUAAGAACAUGGAGCAUGUGCUUCGAGAGAAAGCCAAGGCCUUUUGGUCCCUGAGGCGUACCUUUGAGGCCAUCGCCAAACACAAUGAGGUACAGACGACUUGGCUGGAAGGCCGCAUCCGGGAUGAGUUUGACAAGCUCCGAGAUUUCCUGAGGGUGGAGGAACAGGCCACUUUGGAUGCCAUGAAGGAAGAGAGCAGAAAGAAGCACCUGCUGGCCGAGGAGAAGAUGAAACAGCUGGCGGAACAGACCGAGGCCCUGGCUCGUGAGAUUGAGCGCCUGCAGAUGGAGAUGAAAGAGGAUGACAUGACCUUCCUCAUGAAACACAAGAGCCGAAAACGCCGACUCUUUUGCACUGUAGAGCCAGCUCCUCUCCAGCCUGGCUUGCUGAUGGAUGCGUGCAAGUAUCUGGAGUCCCUGCAGUACCGUGUCUGGAAGAAGAUGCUUGGGUCUGUUGAAUCUGUGCCCUUCAGCUUGGAUCCCAAUACAGCUGCCGGCUGGCUCAAAGUGGCUGAUGACCUCACGAGUGUCAUCAACCAUGGCUACCGCGUGCAGGUGGAGAAUCCAGAGCGCUUCUCCUCGGCGCCCUGCUUGCUGGGCUCUCAAGUGUUCUCGAAGGGCUCCCACUCUUGGGAGGUGGAUGUGGGUGGCCUACCGAGCUGGCGGGUGGGUGUGGUGAGGGUGCAGGCACACGUACAGACGCAGGCACAGGCUGAUGGGGGCGGCGAGGGCCACUCACACAGCUGCUACCACGACACCCGUUCCGGCUUCUGGUACCUCUGCCGCACGCAGGGUGUGGACGGAGACCACUGCAUGACUUCAGACACAGCCACAGCCCCUCUUGUCCAGGCCAUGCCACGCCGGCUGCGUGUGGAACUGGAGUGUGAGGAGGGUGAGCUGUCCUUCUAUGACUCUGAGCGCCACUGCCACCUGUACACCUUCCAUGCCCACUUUGGGGAAGUGAGGCCCUACUUCUACCUGGGGUCCUCUCGGGGUGAUGGGCCCCCAGAGCCUCUGCGCAUCUGCCAUCUGCGUGUCUCCAUCAAGGAAGAGCUGGACAUCUGAGCUGCCGGAGUCUGUGGACACUGGACUGGGGACCUCUUUUGUCCCAGUGUCCUCUGGUAGCCCACUAGUGACACUCAUGCAACAUCCUGUAUCCUGUUGUCUUUUCUGUGACUCCCUGUCCCCCGGUGCCUCUGUCUUUGUUUUUGGUCCCUUUCCUGCCCCAAAGUUAAAAGUCAUCCCGGAGAUAUGCUUGGUGAGCUAGGCACCACCUACAGAGUUGUGGCACCAUUGGGAUGUGGGUUUUCUGACUCUGUUUUCUUGUAGAAUGGGCGUUUUAAAUAUGGGUGGCCGUUUUUAGAGAUGAUUAGGCCACCUGUCAGAGAUGCUUUGAGUCAGUUUGUCACAUUUCCCAGGAGGAAAGCCUUGUCAGGCCACACACACACACACACACACACACACACACCCUAGGAUUGGUCGAGAGGAGUGGACAGAGCCUUCACCCAGACUUUCCUACCCCAGAAGGACAAGCUAGGCAUUGGCCAGCCUAAGUGGACAGUGUGGCUUUUGGCAGUUGGUCUGAGGCCCAGGAGUUUCCGUUUGCCCAACACUGACUGCGAUGGGUAGGGCAGGAGAGUCCUGGCCUGCUCUGUGGGACACUCUGGAGUACAGCUCAGUUAGUGGCCGUCACAGCAUAGGCAGCUGUAAGCUCUUGGCAGUGGUUAAGGAUUGACCAGUUUCUAGUCAGUGGCAUGGAGGCCAAAGCACCAGAAUGCAGUGAGAAGGCAGUCGGUACUGGCUGGGCCAGGAUCCCAAGCUCUGCUCCUCAGUCUCAGGCGGAGCUUCCAGUUGACAUGGAAUUGACCCUGAUUCAUGCUUUGAAAGUUUCCCCUGAAAUUGUCCAAGGUUUCUAAAAUACAUGAAAGCAAGGAAGGAAGGAAGGAAGGAAAGAAGAAAGGAAGAGAGAGAGAGAGAACUGUUUUUGCCCUCUCUCUGGGCCUCAGUUUCCAUAUCUGUGAAUUAGCUGUAGUCUUGAAAAUCAUGGAGGAAGUUCUGAGAAGGGGCCUGGCGGAGGCGGGGGUACUGUGUCUGCAGCCUGACCCUGGAAUCCAGAGAGUCCUGGCCCUAUCUGCCCUUCUCGUCAUUGACUUCAGUCCACUUGUUCUUGCUCUGCUCUCUGCCAAGUUUCACCCCAACUUCUCCUUUGUGUGCACCUCUCCAUUUUCUUUCUCAGUCUUGACUAUAGAUGGCGUCUGAUUGCCAGCCACCAAGUCCCAAGUGGUGUUGUAAAGACACAUGUCUUCCCGGGUGUACUGUCACAGUCGGACAUGUUACUGACCUAGGACCUGGCAUCCCAGUUUCAGCCUGCACCCCGCGUUACAUAAGUCUGAUGUUCUAAACCAUGCCGCUCACCCACUAAUUGGCUAUAAAUAGGUCAUAUACAUUGCUUAUCUAACAAGUGGGGCCUCGGAAGAAACCCUGUAGUGCAGGCCAGGCUGGAAGCAGGAACAGCGCUGGCAAACCAUUACCUUGUGGCAGAUGCUUAGGCACUUUGGGAUCCAAGUAGGUGUGAAAGGGUACGCCCUUGGUGCGGGGCAUCUAGUUUAUGUGUGAGAAGCUUUUUCUAAAAUCACUGUUACAAUGAGCUUUUUAUUUUCACUUUAAUUCUUUUUAAAUAGGGAAAUUUCAGUGACCUAGACUCUUUUAGAAAUAUUUAACUUGACCCACAAUGGACAUUGUUUUCUUUCAGUGCUUUUGUAAGCACAAAUUCCUAUUGUACCUCACUUGUACGUGACCUGAUGCUCUUCAUUGUAAGAUUUCAUGGUGUGCAGUGUGCAGUGAGUGUCCCGUUUAGUUUGUUACAGCUUUUUUUUUUUUUAGCUAUUAUGAGUAUAGCUGUUAUAAAAUUUGUGUGCAAGUUUUGUGUGGACUUUUUAUUUUGUUUUUUAUUUUUUUAAUUCUCUGUCAUAUACCUCAGAGUCUGUUUUCCAGGUCAUAUGAUAAUUGUAUUAAGCCCUUUGAGGACUUGCCAAACUGUUUUCUAAGAGAGCCCAACCGUUUUCUACUCCCACUGGCAGCAGGUGAGGGCUGGGUUGUUACAUAUUCUUGCCAGCACUGUACCCUCUAACUUAGCUGUCCUAGUGAGGAAGAAGUGUGUCUCAUUUGGCCUUUAGUUGCCAUCCCUGACGGCUAAAAUGGAGCAUCUUUCUUGUGUUUGCUGUGUAUCUACCUAAGAGACUUAAGCCUUUGCCCAUUGGGUUGUCUGUCCUUUCAUUAUGAAGUUUUACGAGUUUGUUAUGCAUUCUAGAUAAAAGUUCUCUGUUAAAUAAAUUAGUUAUAAAACUUUCCUCCUA